CGAGCAGGCGAUGCUGGAGGACUGCCAGGUGGCUCUGAUGGACUUGGAGAAGGUCACUUUCUACUUCCUGCAGUUUGAGGGCGAGCCGCUGGUGGCCAACAUGCCCAUGUCCUUCCAGGUUGAAGGAUCUCGUCAGGCGUUGAAAGUCUGUUUCCACCUGGAGAGUUUCUACUUCCUGCAGCUUCCCCCCCGCCUGAGGAGUGGAGGAGGAGUGAAGAUCUUCCCCGUGCUCUUCACUCAGGCUCUGGAGAGCAUGGAGGGUUAUUACUACAGAGACAACGUGUCUGUGGAGGAGUAUCAGGCGCAGAUCAACUCCUCGUCUCUGGAGAAGGUCAAGCAGUACUACAAGAGACUGAGGGCUUUCUACCUGGACCAGUCCAAUCUGACGCCAAGCUCCACUCCUAAAGCUGCUCUCAUCGAUAAGCUGAUGCGCCCCCUGAACGCAGUGGAGGAGUUGUACCGUCUGAUGGAGAGUUUCAUCUCCUCCCGGCGGACCCCCCCCUGUCAGUUCACAGCCUGCGGGGCGUCGGGGGUCGGGCUGCUCAGCGUCUCCUCAGAGCUCUGCUCCAGAUUGGGGGCCACGCACAUCGUCAUGUGCAACAGCGGGGUGCAUCGCUGUACCCUCAGUGUGACUCUGGAACAAUCCAUCCUGCUGGCCCGAAACCACGGCCUGCCCCCCCGCUGCAUCCUGCAGGCCACUGACGUCAUGAGGAAGCAGGGAGCGAGAGUUCAGAACUCAGCGAAGAAUCUGGGCGUGAGAGAUCGAACACCGUCAUCUGUCCCGAGGUUGUAUAAGCUGUGCCAGCCUCCACCCCCCGAUGGCGACCCAUAAUGCAUUGGGAGAAGCCGAUGAAGGAUGCACCAAUCAAAUAAAUCCAUUUUUAAAUCUCCACAGUAGCUGCCUGAAGUGUAAAUAGAAUAAGGACAUAGUAUUUUUUAAUACUUCAUAUUUGUAUUGCUGUACUUUCUAAAUAUGAUGUUUUUAUUUCAAUGUAUCUGAAAAGACAAUGACUCGAGAAAGCAUCAAAUGAGCCGAUGAAAUCAUUCAAUCAUUUGAGUUCAACUUGCAUCGAAAACAUGCCUCUGUUUCCCCUCCGCUCUGCCUCUAUUGCUCAGCGUUGGAUAACAGUGUGUUUGAGAACCGCUCUUGUAAAUAUUCAUGUGUGUGAAGGAGGUGCCUUUGAGGGCUUUUGCAGCUCCAGAUGUUUAUCAGUAUUACCAGGAAUCAGGUUUGAGAGAUAUUCUGCUUUUCUAUAUGGACAGACAUCAGGAUUAAAGUGUCUCUGUUACCUCUUAUUGGACGCCUCGAUCACGACUAUGCAAACAACCAGGUGGUAUUAAAUCAAUAAGCUCCAGCAGAGUUCACACGCUGUCAUUUCUAUGAGAAGUUAUACCAUGUAUGAAGACUUGACCUUUUUGUACGCCACUAACCCGUUAAUGUAUUACAAAACUUUGAUAUCAAGAAA